AUGGUCAAUAGUGCUGGCGCCACUGCACCAGUGACAAACACACCUCUCCGCAACUCUGGCUUGCCUGCCGACCUCAAGUCCACCCCACACGCAAUCGGCUCCGCUGUUGUCAGCGAACACACCGAUACUCUAAGCGUCAACGUCAGUGAUGUUCGUCCAUGGACCACGCACGACGGCAGGAAUUUCAAGCCAUGUGGGGCAGACGAAAUGCUGCAGCGGCUCCUUGAAAUGUGUGUAGAUCCUGCCCAAUCCCUUCCCCCCGGUCAGAAGUCUACGUUACUCGAUACUUCCCUCGAGGCUGUCUUGCCCCUCUGCAAUGGGCCAGGUGUGGCGCAGAAGAUCAAGCAACACUUGACUAAUUUUUGUAAUAUCGAGAGCGAAACCCCGUCUUACUCUGAAUUCGUCGAGGCUGCCAACCUUGCACUUCGUGAACUGAGGAAGGUGGACGUAGCUGGAAUACCUGCUUUUCAAAACGACGAUGAAACCAACAUCGUUUUUCAUGUGAAUGAUCCAUCGUUCAUACACCAAAAACAUCAAGGCGAGAAGUCCAGCCGCAAGCCGGACAUCGUCGUCGUUUCUCACCAGACCGCCGCGGAUAUCAUACCGGAGGGAAAUUCCAAAGAUGUUUACCGGUCUGCGUGCAAGGCGCCCACCAAAGACCAUGAGAACUUCCAGUGGGUGGAUGUCCGAACGACAUUUGAGUUCAAACGCCCGAAGACGCGUCUGCCUCAUCCGCCGUCUGCUUACACUAAGGACUACGUGGUUCCUAAUGUCAUGUACAUGGAAUAUAUGCCGGACACGGACACGGACACGGACACGGACACGGACACUGACACUGACACUGACACUGACACUGACACUGACACGGACACUGACGCGGACACUGACAUGGACACGUACACGGACACGGACACGGACACGGACACGUCUUCUCAGUCAACAGACUCGACGUCUGCCACUGGUACUGCUCAGACCUCCUGCGAGACCUCGAACGAACUACAAAAUAUAUCCGAUCGAAUCAGAAGCAACAAGCGUAGCUCCAAUCAUUUCGGCUCAAGUGGGUCAUCCACCAGCAAACGAUUCUGGCAGAACGAAGAUCCUGUCAUCCAGAAUCAUUUGUAUGUUGAGGAGAUGUUCGCGGCUCACACGGCGCGCCAGCACGUCAUCUCGUUUAUAGUCAACAACGACAUCAUUUAUCUCUGUUGGUUCGAUCGUCGGGAUACGAUUCCAUGCGCUGGCAUCAACUUCGUUCAGGACCUUCCACGCUUUGUGGUCUUACUCUUCAUCAUGCAGCGCAUGGGGUACAAACAGUGGGGCCUCCACCCGUUGUUCGAACCUGAACCUGGAUAUGAAGGUGAGAUUAUCGUCGAGUACGAGGACGACACGAACAAGGACGACCGGGAUAAGAGGAAGCGCAUCGACCUUACACUGGAUUUCAGGUCUGAGAAGCCCAUGACUCAUUUCAGGGGGCGUGCAACCGCUGUCGUUCCCGUGAGGAGCAAGGCGCUGUCGGCUCUGCCGCGGCGUUCCCAUUCUCUCAAUGAAUCCACCAAAUUGGUUGCCAGGCUCUUUUGGCCAGAAGAGGCACACCAGAGCGAGCCCGAGAUCCUCGAAGAGGUCUACAAGAUUGCGAAGGGUGAUCUUGAUGUGCUGGGCCAUGUUCCAGAGAUGGUCUGGUUCCGCAAGUUUGAAGAUACAUCCACAGCGAUAAUCAGAAAUGCACUAGGAAUCGACGAUGCGGGCAGCCGGGUCCUAUACAUCACCGUGUUCAGAAAGCUUCACCCAAUCACAACACUGAGCGGUGAGGAGUUCCUCCUCGCAUGGUGGGAAGUCGUCAAAUGCCAUCGUGCGCUCUGGAAGAGGGGAGUGCAUCACCGCGACGUCAGUCCCAACAGUCUCAUGGGAUACCGCUUACGCGGUCGAUUUAUGGGCGUCCUGAAUGAUUUCGACUUAUCGUUGAUCAAAGAGUCUUUGUCCUGGAUUCGAGGCUCUCCCAAGGGCUUCGAGCGCAGAGGAACGGUACCGUUCAUGGCGUUGAACAUUCUCAUGCCAGGAGCCGGACGAGUCGAGCACGUGUACCGUCAUGAUGCUGAAUCGUUCAUCUGGGUUCUCACGUGGAUCUGCCUUCGGUAUAAAGGGGGCAAGCUUCUCAGGAAGCGCAGACCAUUGGAUGACUGGCUGACAACGGGUGCCAUUGGAUGCUUCUACAAAAAAGCAUUUUUUUUUGUAAUGCUGUCUACGAUGCGUCCAACGCGAUCGCACAAAGAAAAUUUCAAAGUUGCCUUUGAAUUCUUACAGGUGAUCAUGACAUUUCAGAUCCCAUCCACGCCCAUUCCAGCGGAUGAUGAAGUAUUCGAGAUGUUGCUCCAGCACCACAUACUCCAGAAAUCGCCUUAUUACGUUGAACAUGACGACUUCAACAGCUGCCUUAUCAUUUACUUCAUAUCGGCAUGGAUACCUAUUGUCGUCAAUGCUAUGUUGGGGGUCAUCAUGAUGAUUCGGAUAUAUGCAAUGUAUGGACGACCUAAAAAGAUGCUCGUCUUUCUCGUUGUAGUCUUGUUGUCUUCCACGAUCGCAUCCGGUGUUAUGACAGCAAUAGGAAAUGUUGGUGUCUCAGCAGAGGAACUCGUCCUUUUUGGCUACCAUGCAUGUCUUGGUGAAUUUGACACAAACCAGAAAGACCUGAAUAACGAGACUUUGAUACCCACCACUAUAUGGGAGAUCCUCGCCUUCAUUCUUGCAGUCUGGAUUGUCAUAAGACACUUCCAUCAGCUGCGACAAUCUCCGACAGGAUCGACCAUCGGGGACUGUUUUACGGUGUUGAUUCAAAGUCACGCAUUUUACUUUGCAGUUUUUGCUAUUGUAGCUUGCUUCAGCCUAGGCUUACUGUCUACAUAUAUUAGGUAUUCAUCGUCUGUGGGAAGUGCUGUUUAUGUCGGUGUUCUCGGAAUUGGCCAGGUGUUGCAGAUGUUUGUGCUGGGCCCACGUCUCAUCCUCAGCGUUCGCGAAUAUCAUGCUAAGCUCGUGGCCAGUGUCCGACGAAGGAAUAAGCAUGAUGUCUAUUGA